CUGCUCCAUCCCCUUCAAGCAUCUACCUCGAGAGCUCCUGCCACCUGCCUGCUUCACCCGCCAUGUCUCGGCUGUCCACCAUCACCUUCCACUCCAGUGGCAGCCGCAGGGGCUUCAGCACAGCCUCUGCCACCACCCCAACUGCUGGCCGCUCCCGCUUCAGCUCUGUCUCUGUUGCCCGCUCCUCAGGAAACAGUGGGGGACUGGGCAGGAUCAGUGGUGCUGGUGCUGGCUUUGGAAGCCGCAGCCUCUACAACCUCGGGGGGACCAAGCGGGUCUCCAUUGGUGGGUGUGCUGGUAGUGGCUUCCGGAGUGGCUUUGGUGGCAGGGCUAGCAGUGGGUUUGGGCUCAGCAGUGGCUUUGGUUAUGGUGGUGGCAUUGGAGGGGGCUUCGGUGGCCUUGGCUUCCCUGUCUGUCCCUCUGGAGGCAUUCAAGGAGUCACCGUCAACCAGAGCCUCCUGACUCCUCUCAACCUGCAAAUCGACCCCACAAUCCAGCGGGUGCGGAAAGAGGAGCGGGAACAGAUCAAGACCCUCAACAACAAGUUUGCCUCCUUCAUCGACAAGGUGCGCUUCCUGGAACAACAGAACAAGGUCCUGGAGACCAAGUGGAACCUCCUGCAGGACCAGGGCUCCAGGGCUGUCAGACAGAACCUGGAGCCCUUCUUCGACGCCUAUCUCAAUGACCUCCGCCGGCAGCUGGAUGGCGUCACUGCCGAAAGGGGCAGGCUGGAUGCUGAACUGAGAAGCAUGCAGGAGGUCGUCGAAGACUUCAAAGUCAGGUAUGAAGAUGAAAUUAACAAGCGCACCGCUGCUGAGAAUGAGUUUGUGGGCCUGAAGAAGGAUGUGGAUGGAGCCUACAUGAACAAGGUGGAGCUGGAGGCUAAGGUUGACUCUCUGACCGACCAGAUCAACUUCUACCGGAUGAUCUAUGAGGCGGAGCUGUCUCAGAUGCAGAACCAGGUGAGCGAUACCUCCGUGGUUCUCUCCAUGGACAAUAACCGCAGCCUGGACCUGGACAGCAUUAUCGCCGAAGUGAAGGCCCAGUAUGAGGACAUUGCCAACCGCAGCCGGGCAGAGGCUGAGUCCUGGUACCAGACCAAGUAUGAAGAGCUGCAGUUGACAGCUGGCCGGCAUGGUGACGACCUGCGCAACACCAAGCAAGAGAUCGCGGAAAUGAAUCGGAUGAUCCAGAGGCUGAGAUCAGAGAUCGAUGGUGUCAAGAAGCAGUGCGCUAGUCUGCAAACUGCUAUCUCUGACGCUGAGCAACGUGGAGAGCUAGCCCUCAAGGAUGCUCGGGUCAAGCUGGUGGACCUUGAAGAUGCCCUGCAGAAGGCCAAGCAGGACAUGGCCCGGCUGCUGCGCGAGUACCAGGAGCUCAUGAAUGUCAAGCUGGCCCUGGAUGUGGAGAUCGCCACCUACAGGAAGCUGCUGGAGGGCGAGGAGUGCAGGUUGAGCGGAGAGGGAGUUUCCCCAGUGAACAUCUCUGUGGUCACUUCAACAGUUUCCAGUGGCUACGGUGCUGGCAGUAAUUUUGGAGGUGGAAGCCUGAGUCUUGGUGGGAACAGUGGUUACUCCUUCACCACCAGCGGUGGGCACAGCCUGGGUACAGGUCUGGGAGGCUCUGGUUUCACCACCAGUAGCUGCCGGGGCCCAGUGGGCAGUGGCUCCAGUGUCAAGUUCAUUUCCACCACAUCAUCCAGCAGGAAAAGUUACAAGCACUAAGGCAGCCUGCCUGCGGUUUCCCUUGCCGCUACCAUGAAGCCUCCACACACUCCUAACUGGAUGCCUGGGCCCUUCUCCCAUAUCCUCUUCACAGAGGCCGCCUGUGCUGCCAGGGAUCCCGGCCUCCUGGCUAAACCCAUCCCCUGGCCUAUGACAACCUCCUGACAGUCCCCAGGCUGCUCCUGGUACUUCUUUGUGCCAGACACAAAAAAACGAAAGCCCACUCUCUUCCAAAGUUCACAAUCAGUGAAUCUGCAAGUGCCCCUUCAGCGUCACCUGUCCCUUUCCUCCAGCCGAGCGAUGGGGGUCUGUGUUGGCCACCUCACCACCAGGCUGUCUUGCCCUUCUCUGGCUGCUUGGAACUGCCAGCGAGAGCCAGUGUUCCUCUGUCUCCUCCC